GAGGUUUGUGGACAUCUCGCCGUUUGUUUACAAGCGAUUGACUUACGUCUGUGAAUUGCCCUGGCUACAGUGAGCUAACUGGAUAAUUAAACUUCACACAUCGGUUGUAAAUAUGGGAUGUGAUGGCGGCACGAUUCCUAAAAGGCACGAGUUAGUAAAAGGCCCCAAAAAAGUAGAGAAGGUCGAUCGAAAUGCAGAGCUGGCGGCCAAAUGGAUGCACUGUGCCCUGAGUCAGGAAAAACUCAGGCGGCCUAUCGUUUCUUGUGACUUGGGGAGGCUCUACAACAAAGAUGCUGUCAUAGAAUAUCUUCUGGAUAAGUCUGCAGAAAGACCCAACACUGAGGCUGUUACACAUAUCCGUGGGCUAAAGGACAUAAAGGAGCUGAACUUGACUGAUAAUCCGGAGUGGGAGGGAGAAGGAAGAAAUACUAAAGGAGACCAAUAUGAGGACAUUCACCGCAGCAUGUUUAUUUGCCCUGUUGUUGGGUUGGAGAUGAAUGGCAAGCACAGGUUUUGUUACCUGCAUGCCUGUGGCUGUGUUUUCUCUGACCGUGCCCUAAAGGAAGUCAAGGCAGAAAUCUGCCACAAGUGUGGCGACCCAUUUAAAGAGGAGGACGUCAUCGUGCUCAAUGGCACCAAAGAGGAGGCGGAGCAGCUGAAGAAGAAGAUGGAGGAAAGACGAGCCAAAGUCAAAACAAAGAAAUCCAAGAAGAGCAAAGGGGCUGGAACAGUGUCCACACCAUCAGAUGUGGUGGGGCCCUCUGGAUCCUCUGGAUCCUCUGGAUCCUCCAGCUCAUCUGAGGGUACACAGUCUUUGACAGCCGCUGCCACCAAGAGAUCCGUCCAGGUCAUGGAGGGGAAGUCUGAGGUCUUCAAAUCCUUGUUCACAUCCCACAGCUCUGCCAAACGCACUAAAGAUCAGACAUCCAACUGGGUUACCCACACCCCAUAUCAUUUCUAGUUACUUUAACUAACACUUGGCCCAGUGACUACUGUUUUUACAUCUCUUAUGGCGUGUUUCCGCCGAGUGGAACGGUCCAGUACGUUUGUGGAUGUCUUGCUUUGGUGUCUGUUGUGUUAGAUGCCGGUACCAAACCGAACUGUACCAUGGUGGAAACACCUCUCUCUCUCCCUCUCUCUCUCUCUUUCCCCAUCUCUCUCCCUCUCCCUCACACAUACAAACACCCUUAUGACCUUUAAUAAUGUCACCAAUGUGUGAACUCUUUCCCAAUGUCUUCAGUCCCCAGUAGCUCAGUGUUUACAUGUUGUGUGCAUUUUGUUAAUGGCUCCCAAAGCUGUUCAGACUCUUUGUUUGCUAACCUAAUUCCUCCCCCAUGUAUUCCCCAGCAUGAGUGUGUCUCAGGUGCUUUGAGAAUGGAUGCUAGGGAGACUUUAUUGUCACUGUCACUCUGUUGCCUCCUGGUGGACAGUCCGUAUAAAGGCUAGAUUCGACUCUUAAUCACAAUCUCUUUAUUUCUAGAAUACAUUUAUAAAGUUUAACCAUCAUUUAAUCAUCAAUCAAGCAUCAUUUGCUUUUCUUGACUUUUCUUGAACAGGUUGUUGAUGGAGCAACACGAAGGUUGUUUGAAGCCUCUUCAUAAACAACUUAUUUGUUGAAGCUUUUCAUGCUCAGAAAUCAGUCAGAACUAGAACUUCAGAAAAACCCUUUUAUUGGGGUGACAAAAAACAUGUUCUCCCUCUCAGAGUGUCACAGGCUUAAAUAUGUUUUUGAUUUUUUCCAAAAAAAAAGCUCUACCAGCUGGUAAUAGUUUGCAAUGGCUUAAUGAGUCAUUGAAAUACAAUAUUUUCUACACAAUAGUUGGAAUUUUUAGAGUGCAUUUGUGUUCCUUCUGUUUGUCUUAGGAUGAACAGGCAUUUGCUUUUUUUAUUUUUUAUUUUUGUUUUCGCAGAUUAUGGCCAUAUACCAAAAUAAACUUCUAUUCAGUCGCA